GCGACAAAACAGGACAAACACUGAGGGGGUGAAUACUUUUGCAAGGCACUGUAUCUGCUGUAAAAGAGUAAAGAAAAAUAAUGACAAUACAACACCAGGACAUUAAUGACAUUAUAUCCUCAGGAGAACGAAUUAAUAUUAUUUAAUUAGUGUGUGUGUAAACACCAGGGGUGAAAAUAAGCUGGUCUUGGCCGGUCCGGUGUACCACUAAAAGAUUUGGCCGUGCCGAAAAGAAAAAUAUACUGUCUCUGAAAAAAAAAAAAAAACACUUUCAGCAUAACAACACACCUGCUAACGUCAAUUCCUUCCGUGUUUCACUCGACAAACAACAUUCGAGAUAGUGCGAGCCACUGCUUAACCAUCUUGCGCCAACGUGCGCAGCUGCUAUCCAAAGUGUUUUAGUAGACAGACGUUUGUUGCAAAGCCUCCCAAAUAAAAAACAACAUAUACAGAAACAUAUGUUGAUGUUUCAAUAUUCUAUUAUGUGUGCAGUGUUUCACUGGACAAACAACGAGCGAGCUACAGCGCGUGUACGGCUUAACCAGAUGUUGUGCAAUAACGUGCGCAGCUGGUAAUCAAAGUGUUUUAGCAACAGACGUUAGUUGCAAAGCCUCCCAAAUAAAAAGGCAUAUAAAGAAACAUGUUAAUGUUUCAUGAUAGGCUAUUUAAAAAUUACUUUGAUCAGAAUUCGUAAAUCGAGUGGAAGUUGGGGCAAAGAUUCUAGAUUACUGUCUGGUUGGAGCGAGCAGAGUAACUAGGCUCCCAAUGCAUGGCACGUGCACUGAGAACACACGCACUUACUGUAGAACACACGCACUUUCUCAAACGUUCCGACACACCCGUGGCAAAAUACAAAGAAUCCCAAAAAACACCAACAGAAAACCACAACGAUAUAUUUGAUAAAAUAAGGAAGAGAGGACAACUUUUACCUAAAAACUUUCACUUUUCUGUUCUGUUACACUGUUCUGUGUCCAAUGUCCAAAAUGAAAAGUUAGUUUUGAACUGUUCAGCUAAAAAAAUUUAAUUAAAACGAUUGUGUUGUUGAAAUGAUGUGUUUGUCUGUGAAGAUUCUCAGUCAUCCAGGUACAUAGUAAUCUGUGGUUGGUAUCCAUGAGAGGAUAAAUACCUGAUACUCCCUAUUAGUCAGACAGAACUGAGGAAGCCUUUCGGAUGAGAGGUGAAAAGUUUUCAAGAAUCUUCAAGCAAGUCCAGUUGCUCUCUUCUACCAACCACAGAUUACUACGUACCUGGAUGACUGAGAAUCUUCACAGACAUGUUUCUACGCACUUUGGGAUGAGAUCCCUUCGACUGGUGCGGGAGUAUGAGAGGACUUCCAGAAAACUGGCAGACAUCUUAGCCAGAGAGGAUCGUUCAUUUUUGUCAACCUGAAACGACCAUCACUGAACAGAGGUGGGCGUCUAUGACAUCUUUUAUCAGCCACCUACAAUGCAGCCAUCAGCAUUCUGAUUCUAUGAUGAUCCAUGAGAGGAUAAAUACUGGAUACUCCCUAUUAGUCAGACAGAACUGAGGAUGCCUUUCGGAUGAGAGGUGAAACGUCUUCAAGAAUCUUCAAGCAAGUCCAGUUGCUCUCUUCAACCAACCGCAGAUUAAUAAUGAUGUGUUUGCAAUUUAUUUAUAAUCAAAAACUGAUACAGGUGGAUGAAAGAGUGAUAGUGUGAUAAAGUACUAUACUAGUACUACUGAGUGAUAAGAAGUCCUAGUGAAUGCUUGAUAAGUAGACAAUAAUAAAUAAUUAGGUGUAUUUUUCGGCACGCGCACUAUGACUCAAAAUAAUAUACCGGCAAGAAAUAAAAGUUACUGUCACCACUGAGUAAACACACUCAUGUCAUGGUGAUAUGUGACAAUAUUUUUUUUUCUUACAAGUUUGGUUUUCUUACAGAAAUUGCAGGUAUUUUAUAAAUGAUUGAUUGUGUAGAGAAAAUCUCUGUCCUAUCUGACCUCAGGUUUAAUCCUGAAUAAUAGCAGCAGUGAUGAGUGUUCAUGUAAACAUUAUUACCUUUAAUAGAUUAUUCUCUGGGGCGGCAUGGUGGUGUAGUGGUUAGCGCUGUCGCCUUACAGCAAGAAGGUCCGGGUUCGAGCCCUGUGGCCGGCGAGGGCCUUUCUGUGUGGAGUUUGCAUGUUCUCCCCGUGUCUGCGUGGGUUUCCUCUGGGUGCUCCGGUUUCCCCCACAGUCCAAAGACAUGCAGGUUAGGUUAACUGGUGACUCUAUGUGAGUGUGAAUGGUUGUCUGUGUCUAUGUGUCAGCCCUGUGAUGACCUGGCGACUUGUCCAGGGUGUACCCCGCCUUUCGCCCGUAGUCAGCUGGGAUAGGCUCCAGGUUGCCUGCGACCCUGUAGAACAGGAUAAAGUGGCUACUGAUAAUGAGGUGAGAUGAGAUUAUUCUCUCUAAAGCAGGUUUCAAACAAGAUGUCAUUUGUUUUGAUAUUUUAAAAUAUCAUUUUUUUGUCGUUAAACCACCAAAAACAACAGCAACACCAACAACCACAUAGUGCACUUCUUCUGGCGCACGCGACCAUCAAUCUAACCUAUGAUUGCGUGAGAUGUUUGUGCUCUUGCACAUGCGCAGUGCAGAAGCUGGUUGUGGCACGAGCUGAGUGUUGUUAUUGUUGAGGUUUGAGUUCGGUCCAUGACGGUGUGUAUAGGUUGUUUGUUGAACAUGAUGAGCGCUUGAGGAGACCUGGCAGGUGAGCAUCUCAGGUAAUGAUCAGGUAAACACUGACUGCUCUAAAACCCAAAGCAGGUGAAGUGGAGCUCGCAGUCUGGACUCGGAUUUGCUUUGGUUUGUUUUUUUCGGAACAGAGUGAGUAUUAAUAUUUCAUUCCGCGUUAAAGUUGUAUAUUUAUCGUGAAUAAACGUCGCAGUGUGUUUUUGUACCGAGCCGCACCUCGCUUUAAUUCUCUCAGGGAUAAAGAUGAUCGAUCCGCCGGGCGUGCUUUGGGUCGAGCUCCAAUUUAAGGAAAAGAUGAGUAAUUAGGGAACGUGGGUCGAUGUGGGUCAUUGACGGCGUUUUGGCGCCACCUUGUGGGCACUUAUAUGAGUAACAUCUCGUCGCUUUACAUUAACGUGAUUUAUUUUUCUGAUUCUAAGCACAAAAACAUCAACACUGUGGCAACUCUUGUAAAUGAAAGGUAGAAUUAAUGUGAAAAUUAUACUUUUAAUACUCACUCACUGUCCACUUAUUAGGAACACCUGCACGUUCAUGCAGUUAUCUCAUCAAUCACGUGGCAGCAGCAGCAGCACAAUCCCAGCUAGCAUGUAUAUAGUGGACCACUGGUGGCUUUUGGACGGCAAGCCGUCGGUGGUAUGCCAGCCGUGGUCCGAAGUCGGGCCGCUGCCUAGCACAAAUCACAGCUCGGGGCGUGAGUGGCUUUUGGUUGGCGCCCCGCGAUGGUGCGCGAGGAUUCGAAUCCACUGCGCAAGACAGUGGCGGCUCGCCAUCCUUGGACCGCUGAAGGACCGCUACCCAUAGACGACAACGGACGGAAGAACCAGCCACAACUUAAUAGGACUAGGUCACCAAGAGUACAAGUCUGUAAGAAAUGUAUGUAGUCGUUUCCUUCCCCGCGGAGGGCUUGUUUUUUGUGGUGCCUGUUUCAUGGCUCAUAGAAGAUAAAUGUUACUGGCCUCCCUUUAAAACGCUGGACAAGGUAAAAAAGGCUGCCCUACAAAAUGAAACCCCUGACCCCAACUGUUGGACACUUCAUCCAGUUGAGGUGCUUAAAGUUAAAGACACAUACGAAAAGGCCCACGGCCACUACCUUAAAGCAAAAAGAGGAGAGAAGCUGGAGACAGAUGAGGAGACCAUGAAAAGAAAAAGAAAGCCAAACAUGAAAUUCAUCCAAUCCAGUGAUGAAGAAGAUGACUGUCCCUAUUUCCCUCCGGCUCCAAAAAUUCGGCGACUGCCAGAGAAAAUUUCUGUACCAAAUUCAGAGUUUACCAGCCAGGCACCACAGGUCCCAACCACCACCACCCUGCCUCUACCACCACCACCACAACUCCCACCUCUACCACCACUACCACAGCGCCCACCCAGCCAUGAAGUGUACAGUCAAUCACACAGAACCCCUUCAGUCACCAGGACCAGUACUUACCCUGCAGUGUUGUCCAACCAAGCAGCCAGUCCCCCGUUGGAAACCUCACAUCUUUUUCUGACAUCCAGCCAUGGAGAGUUUACCAGUCAGGCACCACAGCUCCCCACCACCACCACCCUGCCUCUACCACCACCAUCACCUCUACCACCACUACCACAGCUUCCAACGAUUUCACCUCUGCCAGCACCACCACAGCUUCCAUCGAAGUCACCUCUUUUUCGAACAUCCAGCCAUGGAGAGUUUACCAGUCAGGCACAGCAUCAUCCAUCAAAUCAGCAAAUCAGCAUCCAGCAAGAUUUUUGCAGACUUGUUCUGCAGCACCUCCGGACGAUUGAGGAGGAGGUUAAGGAGGUUAAGCAGCAGGUGGCUGCAAAUACGGCCAUUCUGCAGAAGCUAGGGGGUGCUGGUGUGGCAGACCUUUGCCUCGUCCAGGAAACCAACAUGCCCCUCAGUAACCUGGAGGAACUGGAGGAGCUGGAGAGGCAGCUUGGGUCUGACAUUGACCUGAAAAACCAACUGGUGAACAUACUUGCUGUUUUGGGGGGGAAAACCACCAAAGACGCGGUGAAGAGGAUGUUGGGCCGUAUUUUGAGGAAGUCCCUGGCGCUUCAAAUAAAUUGGACUGGUGCUGGAGGAAAGGUGGCGUUCAAGUCUUUACACCUGAAGAAUGUGUUACACAGAGCUGUUAGGAGAGUGGUGCACACAGCAACAGAAGAGGACCUGCAAAAAGAAGUUGCGAAGUACCUAAAGGGGGCAGCUGACCGAGAGGGAGGGAGAAAAGACAGGCAGAAAAAAGUGGGCAAUGGGGAGAUGGGGAAUAUUUGAACUAGUCAUUUUAUAUUUAUGUAUUAUAUAUUUAUUAUAAAUUGUUCAUAUUUAUUUAUUUACUUACUUCAAACUGUAAAAACAUAAAAAAAAUAUUGAACCUGGCUGAUCUUUAAAUGUGACGUUGUUAAUUGUUAUUUAUUUGUUUGUUUAUUUAUUUAUUUAAAACCGUAGACACAUUGAAAAAACAAAAAUGUAUUGAACCUGGCUGGUCUUUAAAUGUGAUAUUAUAAAUUAUUAAUUGUUAUUUAGUUAUUUAUUUAUUCAUAUAAAAACCGUUAACACAUUAAAAAUAAACAAAAUGUAUUGAA